UGCAGAUAGAUUUUUAGUCAUUAUCCCAAGUCUUUUCAGCCCGGGUGAUUCCAGCGGUUCAAUGCUGAAGCGACCUGGCAACUACAAGUCCCAGGGAGCACUGCCAUCCACAGGUUCAUGCAGCCGGAUUGGCAUCCUGCGGGGGCCAAUGGCAGGCAGGGAGCUGCAGAAAAUGUAUGCGUCAGCUGCCAGCCUUUAAAAGCACUGGAGAGCGGCAGUCGCGAGUGCAAACGGCUUGUUCCCCCGGGCUACUUUUAAACCCGUGUGCGAUAUUGAGAUUCUAUUCCACAGCCUCUGUGUUACGGCUGGACAAAGCCUGCUGGAGCAGCCCAAAUGGAUGCAGUUCUGAACUGCAGACCGGGUGACUUGGAAGAUUACUACAACUUGCUAGGAUGCGAUGAACUAUCUACGGUUGAACAAAUUCUUGCAGAAUAUAAGGUUAAAGCCCUUGAAUGUCACCCUGACAAACAUCCUGGAAACCCUGAAGCAGUGGAGAAUUUCCAGAAGCUGCAGCAAGCUAAGGAGGUUCUUACUAAUGAAGAGAGUCGAGCGCGGUAUGAUUACUGGCGACGGAGCAAAAUUACCAUUCCCUUCCAGCAGUGGGAGGCCCUCAGCCAGUCUGUGAAAACGUCAAUGCACUGGGCUGUCCAAAGUAAGAAGGACCAAAUGCUGGAAGCUCCUGACUUGAAUAAUAGCAGUAAUGUAACUGAUGAGAUUUGGACCCAGCAGCCUGAAAACAAUGAAGGUGGGUUGUCGGAUGGGAAUGGAGAGCAAGAAGAUGUUGCCGUUCCUGAUGUGAAACCACAGUCUGCCAAGAAUCCAGACUCCCCAAGAUUUUCAGAGGGAAAUUGCUGGCACUUGCGUUUCCGCUGGUCAGGGGAUGCCCCAUCAGAGCUUCUGAGGAAAUUCAGAAACUAUGAGAUCUGAAAUGCAGAGUAGACCAGAGCAUGGGAUCAUCUGUUCAUCAGUUCAGUAUUCCUUUUUAUCAGCACUUAUAAGUUGUGUUUUGUAUUCAUUUAUUGUGAUGUCAGCAUCGUUGGAGUAAGUGUCUGAAUCCUGAUUUGUUAACACAUGCUACAAGCGUUAGAGAUGGAGUCUUAAUGUUUAAUAGGCACACUUAAUAAGCAAGGUCCACUUCAGUAUUAACAAAGUGAUUUUGCAAAGUUAUCUAAGAUCUUUUAUGUUGUCUCUUGUAUUCUUCAAUACUGUAUGGAGUAAUAGUGUUCUCAAUUCUGUGACGUUACAAAGCACGUACUACUGGUAGAAUGCAAAGUCGGUGCAAGGAUUCCAGCUCAUCAUCUUGUUCAGUGCUGAUCUUCCAAAAGCUACACUGCAAUGAACAUAAACAAUAAAAAAACCUGCUUAUUUCUAAAUUAUGCAGUCUGCUUCACUUCUGCAUUGCAUGGGACUUAGUGUAAGAAUUUAUAAUGCAUACUUGCAUCACAGUAUUACAAACUGAACUUGUUGAGAAGUGUGGUCUUACAAUAUAGAUGAAAUAACCUUCUUAUUGUCCAAGAAGGUCACUGAGAUCAAGCAUUCUUAAAAAUUGAUUACUUUCAGGUAUGUUUCUUUACCAGCUAUUUAUUUUGGAAGGCAGUUUCCAGAACUUUACUUCUCUAGUUAGAAUCUUUUUGCUUUUCAAGAUUUAUUGGUGGAAAAAUGAGAGCUCUUGUGUAUGUGCCAGCAUUGUUCUGUGGCUUAAUAGUAAUUCCCCUCCCUGCUCUGGCCUUGCAGACAGUUUUAUCAGGGCUUUGUGUGGUGAGGAAUGAAGAAUCUGGCCAGUGAGCUUUAAUGCCUACAAAAUCUCACAUGAAAAGCUUUAGGUAUUUUGGGCAACUCUCAAUUUCUCUGUUGUAUUUAUUUUGUAUUUGCUUUCUUCUUUGUAAACAGGGAUAAAAUGUUAGGUAUUGGCCUCCUGGUUUUACGCAAUCAAGAAUUUCCAUCUGCAACAAAUAAAAACACAUUCAUACCCAAA